AUGUCUUCAACUGGAACUGGAUGGGCACAGCUCAGACAACAAGCUAGAUCCUUAGAAACCCAGACCGAAACACUAUUCCACACCUAUUCGCAGUUCGCCGCAGUCCCAAAUAUACCAGCCAAACCCUCAGAAGACGAGAGACAAACAGAAUCCAAAUUACAAGACCUACUAGAAAAGCGCGAAACGCUGAACAAUCAACUCUCCCGACUCCUCGACUCAGAAGCAACCCUCACAGCGUCCGCCCUCAAGCAGAAUAACCUCUCCCGACACCGCGAAGUCCUGCAAGAGCACCGGCGCGAACUCUCCAGGUUAAAGGCGCAGAUCCAGGAUGCCCGUAAUAGGGCGAACCUACUCUCGAACGUCCGCAGCGAUAUCGAUGCCUACCAUUCCAACAACCCGGAGGCCGCGGAGGCAGAUUACAUGCUGGAUGAGCGCGGCCGUAUAGACAAUAGUCAUAACAUGGCCGAUAGUGUGCUCAGUCAGGCUUAUGCAGUGAAUGAAAGUUUUGGAUUGCAGAGAGAGACGUUAGCGAGUAUAAACAGGCGGAUUACGGGAGCGGCAGCCCAGGUGCCUGGGUUGAAUAGUUUGAUUGGGAGGAUAUCGGCGAAGAAGAGGAGGGAUGGGAUUAUUAUGGGGAGCUUUAUCGCUUUCUGUUUCUUAAUGUUUGUAUACUUUAUGUAA